AUGCGUGGCCACAGACGGCCAGCGCAGCCGCCGACGGCCAACUGGCAGCCGCUCGUCGACAGCUACCUGUCGAGCUAUGCGGGCGGCGUCUCGCGUAGCGACGUCGACUACGCGGAGGCGUGGGCGGCCAACGCGUCGCAGUUCACGGCGGCGGGCUCGUGGCGUGCGAGGGUCGUCAACGGUAGCCUGUGGGUGCGGCCGAUCCACUUUUACGAGCACUGGAAGGAGCGAGCGAGCAUGCAGCCGCGCUUCGAGCGCGCCGCCGCCGCAUGGGGGUGGGAGCAGAGGGACGCGCGCGCGUACUUUGGCGGCGCCUGCUCGACGGGCAUCAGCCGCCAGUCGCUGCUGCCCCUCAACCGCACGCACGGGGAGUUGUUGCACGUCCUCGACGUCGGCUUCGGCAGGAGCGGCGCUCGCUGGGGCAACUUCAGCGCCCAGCUGCCGCCCGACUAUGCGUGCCGCUUCCAGGUAUUGCUGUCGGUGCCGGGGUUUGGCUACUCGAACCGGCUGCGCCAGCUGCUGGCGUGCGGCUCCGCCGUUGUGCACGUCCAACACCAGUCCCACGAGUUCUUCGAGCCGCUGCUGAAGCGGGACCCACUUCUGCAAACAAGCGCGGCGCCGCUUGGGGCGGGCGGCGGCCGCGUUCGCACGCGCGCACCUGCCGUCUCGACGGUGCUCAAUUCACUAGUGAGUGACGAGGAUUCCGCGGGUUCGUUAGGCUCGCGUCUGACCCAUGCGGCGGCGGUGAGCUACGCGCGCGCGCUACUCACAGCCUACGGCACGCUCUACCGCAGCGAGGUGGUGGCGCCGUCGCCCGCCGACAGCGAGGGCGGCGGCUUCUUCCGGAUUGACUCAGCGCGGGACUUGCUCCGCGCGGCGCGGAUGUGGGACUGCCCAACCAAGGCGCUCGGUUGCCCCAAGGUUGCGGCCGGUAACGCGUCGCGCAUGUAG